CGCGCGCCGGGGCCAAUCCAAGAUGGCCGUGCUGGCGGUGCACCUCCAGUCGGACGCCUUCUUAGUGGCCCUCAACCAUGCCCUCAGCACCGAAAAGGAGGAGGUCAUGGGGCUCUGCCUCGGCGAGGUGGAGGUCGGCAAGAUUGUCCACAUCCACUCUGUCAUCGUCCUGAGACGUUCAGAUAAGAGGAAGGAUCGAGUGGAGAUUUCUCCUGAGCAGCUUUCUGCUGCUUCUCUGGAAGCAGAAAGAUUGACUGAGCUGACCGGUCGUCCCAUGAGAGUUGUGGGGUGGUAUCAUUCUCAUCCCCACAUAACUGUGUGGCCAUCCCAUGUUGAUAUUCGCACCCAGGCCAUGUAUCAGAUGAUGGAUGAGAGCUUUGUGGGACUGAUCUUCUCCUGUUUCAUUGAGGACAAAAACACCAAGACUGGCCGUGUCCUCUACACUUGCUUUCAGUCUGUUCAGGCUCAGAAGGGCUCUGAGUAUGAGAGAGUUGAUGUCCCACUGCACGUUUUGCCUCAAGACACCAUGGGGAAAGCAUCCCUUGAGGCAGCCAUUGAAUUGCCCAAGAUUCUGUGCCAGGAGGAACAAGAUGCCUACAGAAAAAUCCACAGCCUUACCCACCUGGAUGCUGUGACAAAGAUCCACAAUGGCUCAGGCAGUGGGGAGACACUGCAGGCUUGCGAGCAGGGACGUGUGCCUCGAGAAGAUGCUUUUGGGGACUGUGGGGAAGAGGAGAGUGAUCCUGGGGUCAGGGAGGCCCCUCAGACAGCGUCUCUGUCUCUCCCCUUUUUCUUCGUGUCUCUGUCUCUUCCCUUUCUGUGUCCCUGUAGUUCUCCAAUGUCUUUAGGUUCAAAUACUCCUUCCUGUGUUUGGCCUUUAAAAGUCUCCCUCCCCGCUUGUGCCCCCGCAGCCCCCUGGCCUGCUCACUGUUUCCCAGACACUGACAGCAUUGCCCCUCGACCCCUGGCCUUGGCAGAGGGUCUCGUGGGGCCAAAACCUCAUGGUCUUAGAUUUGUGUGGACUUCUGUAUGGGUGUGGAUGGGGACGUGUGGAUGGAUGGGGAAGUUGGAGGGUUGGAGGGUUGGGGAUAUAUGGGGGGGUGUCGAGUAAGUAUGUGUGGGGGGG